AUGGACGAGAUGGUGCUUGCCGGCAUUGUCAUGUUCCAAUACGAGAAGAAGAACCUUAAGAGACCGCCUACAAUCGAUACGGGCGCCAAGUACGUUGACUCGCAUCUGUUCACCCCUGCACCCUCUCCACCCGCUGCUCCCUUCGGCGCGCCCUUUAGUCAACUGCGCCCUAUGGCGGAGAAGAACGUCAUCAAGGAGGGCGUGACAUAA